GCUGCUGUUGCUGAGGCUGCUACCACUGAGGAUGGUACCACUGAGGCUGCUACCACUGAGGAUGCUACCACUGAGGCUGCUGAUGGUACCACUGAGGAUGGUACCACUGAUGCUGCUACCACUGAGGAUGGUACCACUGAGGCUGCUACCACUGAGGAUGGUACCACUGAGGCUGCUACCACUGAGGAUGGUACCACUGAGGCUGCUACCACUGAGGCUGCUACCACUGAGGAUGGUACCACUGAGGAUGCUACCGCUGAGGAUGCUACCGCUGAGGCUGCUGUUGCUGAGGCUGCUACCACUGAGGAUGGUACCACUGAGGAUGGUACCACUGAGGCUGCUACCACUGAGGAUGGUACCACUGAGGCUGCUACCACUGAGGAUGGUACCACUGAGGAUGGUACCACUGAGGCUGCUACCACUGAGGAUGGUACCGCUGAGGCUGCUGUUGCUGAGACUGCUACCACUGAGGAUGGUACCACUGAGGCUGCUACCACUGAGGAUGGUACCACUGAGGAUGCUACCACUGAGGAUGGUACCACUGAGGAUGGUACCACUGAGGCUGCUACCGCUGAGGCUGCUACCACUGAGGCUGCUACCGCUGAGGCUGCUACCACUGAGGCUGGUACCACUGAUGCUGGUACCACUGAUGCUGGUACCAGUGAUGCUGCUACCGCUGAGGUUGCUACCACUGAGGAUGGUACCACUGAGGAUGGUACCACUGAGGCUGCUACCACUGAGGCUGGUACCACUGAGGCUGCUACCACUGAGGAUGGUACCACUGAGGAUGGUACCACUGAGGCUGCUACCACUGCGGCUGGUACCACUGAGGCUGCUACCACUGAGGAUGGUACCACUGAGGAUGGUACCACUGAGGCUGCUACCACUGAGGAUGCUACCAGUGAGGAUGGUACCACUGAUGCUGGUACCACUGAUACUGCUACCGCUGAGGCUGCUACCACUGAGGAUGGUACCACUGAGGAUGGUACCACUGAGGCUGCUACCACUGAGGAUGCUACCACUGAGGAUGCUACCGCUGAGGAUGCUACCACUGAGGCUGCUACCGCUGAGGCUGCUACCGCUGAGGCCGCUACUAGUGAGGCCGCUACUGUUGAGGAUGCUACAGCUGAGGCCGCUACUAGUGAGGCUGCUACCGCUGAGGAUGCUACCACUGAGGAUGCUACCGCUGAGGCUGCUACCGCUGAGGCUGCUACCGCUGAGGCCGCUACCAGUGAGGCCGCUACUGCUGAGGAUGCUACAGCUGAGGCCGCUACUAGUGAGGCUGCUACCACUGAGGAUGCUACCGCUGAGGCUGCUACCGCUGAGGCUGCUACCACUGAGGCCGCUACUAGUGAGGCCACUACUGCUGAGGAUGCUACAGCUGAGGCCGCUACUAGUGAGGCUGCUACCGCUGAGGAUGCUACCGCUGAGGUUGCUACUGAUGAGGCUGCUACCGCUGAGGCUGCUACCACUGAGGCUGCUACCGCUGAGGCUGCUACCACUGAGGCUGCUGUCGCUGAGGCUGCUACAACUGAGGCUGCUGUCGCUGAGGCUGGUACAACUGAGGAUGCUACCACUGAGGCUGCUGUCGCUGAGGCUGGUACAACUGAGGAUGCUACUAGUGAGGCCGCUACUAGUGAGGCCGCUACCACUCAGGCUGCUACCGCUGAGGCCGCCACUGCUGAGGCUGCUACAGCUGAGGCUGGUACCACUGAGGAUGCUACCACUGAGGCUGCUACCGCUGAGGCUGCUACCGCUGAGGCUGCUACCACUGAGGCUGCUACCACUGAGGCUGCUACUGCUGAGGCUGCUGGACAACUCUGUCCUUGA